UCAGAUGUUGUCGUGCCUUUAGCUAGCUGUAGAAAUGUUUGUAGGUAAAUGACUGCUACACGCAAGUUUGAGUUUUCUGGGAAGCAGAUAAGGAUAAGAAGCUGGAGUCACAGCUGAGCCCUAUACCUGAUAAAGUUUAGGAAAUAAAAAGCAGCUUUGCGGCGUUGUCCCAAGUGUUAAAGCGAGUUCCGCUAACGCUAGCGCCGCUAGCAUUUGUGCUAUAACGGAAGGCAGCAGCUAGCUAGUUUGUGAAGAAGUCUUGGAGAAAUUUAAGACCGCAGAAAUCCUUGUUAGGGAUUUUCUUUCAAGCCCAGAUGACCUGGAUAUUUCCCCCACGCUGCAGCAAACUUCCUAGGCUGUCAGCUACAUGAUGUCCAACCAAAAUGCCCCUCUAGCUCUGCAGAAGAAGCUUUUAUUGUGUGAAGUGAAGAGAGAGAGGAGGAAAGAGGUGGAGUGGCAAGAGAGACACAGAGAAGUGACACAAAUCAAUGUGAGCACCCAAACCACCAUCACCAGCAGCAGCAGCAGCAGCAGCAGCCGCAGCAGCCUCCCCGACCUCCAUCACCUCUCUGCGUUUACCUGGGAGAGAGUUACAAACUAACAGGAAAUCCAGCAUUUGGGCCGGUCCUCUGAUGGGUAUCCAGUCUGCUGCGGAGCCACCUCUCAGGACACUUGUAGGAGUGAGGCGCUGAAUACUUGUGGACAUUUUCCUCCUGAGGCUGCUCAGACAAGACUGUGGAUGUCUUCCAAGCGACCAGCCUCUCCAUAUGGGGGGACAGAUGGAGAGGUAACCAUGGCAACCAGCAGACAGCGAGUGGAGGAUGAGGAGAGCGAGGGGCUGGGCGGUGUCAUCCACCUCCCUCUGGCCUCCUACUGUGGCAAGGUGUCCCCUCGCUCACCCCCCAACCGAAACUUGGACAGCCCCUCAAACAUGGAGCAGGACUGCACUAAGGGGAGCUCUCUGAGCCCAUACCCCCAGCACAAUGCUACCUCACCAGGCAAAGAGGACGGCGGAGGGCGGCCCUGCAGCGACGGGGGCUCGACCACAGGUACCCUCGGGACCCCCGAGAGACGCAAGGGCAGCCUGGCAGACGUGGUGGACACACUGAAACAACGCAAGAUGGAGGAGCUGAUCAAGAAUGAGCCAGAAGAGGCCCCCAGCAUUGAGAGGCUGUUGUCUAAGGACUGGAAGGAUAAACUUUUGGCCAUGGGCUCAGGGCACAUUGGAGAAAUUAAAGGUACUCCAGACAGUCUUGCAGAGAAAGAGCGCCAGCUUAUGGGCAUGAUCGGCCAGUUGAGCAGCCUGAGGGAGCAGCUCCUGGCGGCCCACGAGGAGCAGAAGAAGCUGGCUGCCUCACAGAUGGAGAAGCAGAGGCAGCAGAUGGAGCUGGCCAAGCAGCAGCAGGACCAGAUUGCCCGGCAACAGCAGCAGCUUCUGCAGCAGCAACACAAAAUCAACCUCCUGCAGCAGCAAAUCCAGCAGGUCCAGGGCCAGCUCCCUCCGCUGAUGAUUCCCGUCUUUCCUCCAGACCAGAGGACUCUGGCAGCGGCUGCAGCCCAGCAGGGCUUCCUCAUGCCCCCUGGCUUCAACUACAAGCCUGGCUGCAGUGACCCCUACCCUCUCCAGCUCAUCCCCACAACAAUGGCCGCUGCUGCUGCUGCCACACCAGGACUGGGACCCCUACAGCUCCAGCAGUUGUAUGCAGCUCAGCUGGCGGCCAUGCAGGUUUCCCCAGGGGCGAAGCAGCACGGAGGUAGUCUUCCUCCUCAAGCCAACCUGGGCACACACUCCCCACCCACCAACACACACUCUCAGAGCGACAAGGGCCGCAGCUCCCCUCCACCAAACAAGACCAAGGACAGUGAGGGUGCACAGCCACUGAACCUGUCGGCCAAGCCUAAGGCAUCCGAGAGCAAGUCACCCAACUCCCCCCCAACUUCCCCACAGGUCCCUGCUGCUGCUGCUGGCGCCACCAAGUUAGGCCCCGCCGGCUCCAUGAAGCACAGCGUCGCCCCCUCCAGCAUCGGCGGACCUCCGGCCAGAGUCAGCUCCAUUGCAGACUUGUUGUCGUCGCUGUCCUCCACAGCCUACCUGAACGACCACGAGGCCGUCACCAAGGCCUUCGCCGAGGCCCGGCAGAUGAAGGAGCAGCUAAAGAGAGAGCAGCAGGUCCUGGACGCUAAAGUCGCCGCUGUCAGCAACCUCAGCUUAAACAAUGGACGCUCAGACAAGGACAAGGCUGCCUUGGAGAGUCUGAGUCAACAGCUGAAGCAGCAGGCGGAGGACAAGUUCAGCCACGCCAUGCUGGACUUCACCAUGAGCGGAGACUCCGACGGCUCCCCCAGCGUGUCAGACUCCAGAAUAUUCCGGGAGGCGCGGGGUCGCAGCAACAAUGAGCCCCACAUUAAACGGCCAAUGAAUGCCUUCAUGGUUUGGGCCAAAGACGAGAGGAGAAAGAUUCUCCAGGCCUUCCCCGACAUGCACAACUCCAACAUCAGCAAGAUCCUGGGCUCACGCUGGAAAGCCAUGACCAACUUGGAGAAGCAGCCGUACUACGAGGAGCAGGCUCGCCUCAGUAAACAGCAUUUGGAAAAAUACCCGGACUACAAAUACAAGCCCCGGCCUAAACGCACGUGUUUAGUGGACGGCAAGAAGCUGCGCAUCGGCGAGUACAAGGCCAUCAUGAGGUCCCGCAGACAGGAAAUGAGACAAUACUUCAGUGUAGGGCAGCAGGGUCAGUUACCCUUGUCCUCAGCAGGAGUAGUUUACCCAGGUGCCCUAUCCAUGGCAGGAAUGCCGUCCCCCCAGAUGCCCUCAGAACACUCCAGCAUGUCGAGCAGCCCCGAGCCCAACGCCAACCACCACCAGAACCCCCACAUGCCCGGCCUGAAGGAGGACGAGCCACGAAUCAAAGAGGAGGAGCUACGGCUGGACGACAGCAACGGCGACGUGUAUGACGACUUCGACUACGAGGACGAAGAGGCCGAUUACGCCAGCGACAAUGACAACCAUAUCACCCAAUAGGAGAGCCUGAGAGACUGCUUCCUUUAAGCCAAUCACAGCUGGUUAAUCCCACACAAUUCCAAACCCACCAAUCAGGAAGAAAACUUUCCCUUUUGCCAAUCACCUUGAACCUCACAAACCUGACACCCCCCUCUUCCCCCCGCCCCUCUGACUGACAUGGACUCUCGUAACAGAGCCAGAGCCCUCCCACUGGAGUCCUGAUACCAGCAUCUGAUCAAUCAACUGAAGCACAGGACCUGUCAAUCACACUGACUGUUACAGAAACCAGAGUCUGGGAGGAAGAGACGACUACGGCAGCCCUGAGGCUCGCUGAGGAAUUUUCAAGUACUACUGCAGGAGUGAGGAGAAAUAAACAUCACACUUAAACAGCAACCUUUUCCACCCGUUUGUAGAAAAAGGAGACGUUUUAAAUAAAAGACAGAACAGUGGACCUGUCUAAGGCUAACAGAUGACACUUUAAGAUGGCGGACCUGUUUAUUAUCAAGAGACACUUUUAAAUAAACAGCUUUUUUGUUCUUUGGUUCUAUAAUAUUCUCACUCAGGUACACGGUGCCAAUAAGUGGCUUGUGAAUGUGAUUUGUUGUUUUUGUGCUACAAGUUUGAAUAAUAAUAGAAAAAGAGACAAUUCCUUUUUCCCCUUUUGUUGUAAAGCACCUGAAAGACAUCAGACAUGUUUAUUUUUAACGAGAACAUAUCUUUUCUUUGAACGCGCAGCAGUUCCCCCGACCUUUUUUUGUGUUUCUGUGACUCCAACGGGACAGUCCAGCCAGGACUGAGCGGUACAGCGAGGACUGUCCCGCUCUGAGAGGGGGAAUCUCCGAGGCAUUGUGGAGCUAAAAUGAAAGCACUGUGUUGUGAGACAAUCCACCAGUUUUCUUCUGGCUCCGUCCCAGUACGAAUCAUUUUCAGCGUGUGUGUGUGAGUGUGUGUUCGACUCGUCGUCCACAGAGGCGGGCUGGGCUGCUGUUAUUUACCGUACCACACAAACACACACACAUUGUUGUUCUGCCUGUUUUUUACUGCUCCUUCAGCCGACGUGGUCCUGCUGUCCCAGCCGGCACAGCUGAGAUAAAGUCAGCCAGUCAGUGUUUCUGUUUGUAUUUGAAUACUGUAUUUUAUUAUUUCUCUUCAAACUGCCUCUAGUCUAAUAAUAUUAUUAACAAUAAUUAUAAGGAUGGUCAGCGUUUCCUAAGUUUAGUAAGUUAUGUACAGUAUAAUUUAUUUUUCUCCUCUUUAUCGGGUUUUUAUGACCAUAUGAAACUAUGACAGUCAAUGAAACAUUAUUCUAUUUAGCUGGUAGAUAUUUAGAUCUAAACUAAAGUUGUCAUUUUACCUUGCUUUGUUUUGCCUUCUUAUGUUCCCUCUUUUUUCAAUGCAUUGGUUUUGUAUUAAUCCUCCGGACGGACAGCGAGCUGGACCGACAGACUCGACACCACCCUCCUCCAAGCUGAAGACUUUUCACGUCCAAUCCCAUUUCUAAAAGCACUCAGACUCUGCUGUCAGAGAAAAAGAAGAACAUGAUUUUUUAUUGUUAUAAUUUUAUUUGUAAUGGUUAUUAUAAUGUAUAAUGUGAAGGUCCCCCUCUUUUAUUUCCUCCCCUUUUUAUUUUUAAUCACUUUGGAAACUGUUUUUCUGUGAAUGAGUCUUUUCCCCGUUUACUUGUUUGGCCGCCUCGCCGACUCUCAGUGGAGCAUCUUUGGCCUGGAUCCACACACACACACAUGCACAAUCACGAACACAUACACCAUUUUCAAAUGAAGAGAUUAUCAUGACAACCAAACAAAUCCUAUGCUGUCCUCCUUAAGUUUCAAAUCUUGUACAUAUAUUUAGUUUUUUUUAACCAUAGGAAAGCAGUGUUUACAGUGAUCCGCCAAGGGUGCUCUGCUGCGAGGGAGACGGCCAGGCGUACCCUUUGCUUUGUUUGAGCUCCACGCAGUGCUGCAGGAGCCAUGACUACUCUUCAGGUGUGCUGUCGCAGUGAUCCCCAAUCAUUCUCGCUGUAGAUGUUUGCUACAUGCCACAUUAGAGCCUCUGGGUCUUUAUUUUGCUGUAUAGUCCUCCCUGUUAUCAUACCAUGGCUCAACCCCAUGCUGGAGACGCGGGACUGAGAGGUUGAGACCAGUUUUAGGGUAGCAGGGUGGGGCAUUAAGACGUCAAUCAUCCCUGCUGGUAAGGUCUGUCCCCAUAUAAAGACAAUGAAAAUGAUGAUAAUAUUAUUAUAAGACAAUCAAAGUCAUGAGUGGAGCUCAAAACAAAGUGAGAAUUAUUACAAUUAAAAAAUAUCUUACCAUCUCAACUUGAAAAUCAAGAAAGAUAAUUAUGUAAAUAUAACAUAGAGUUAUAGAUUUAUAUUUUGUUCAUAACACAGUGUAAUAUAAGUUGUAUAUUUCUUUUUUCUCUCCCUACUGUCUCUUUUAUUGAUGUUAUCCAUGCCACAGAAAAGCCAGAGUCGCAGUACUCUCACAAAAAAAAUGAAGAAAAAUAUCAAAGAAAUAAAGAAAAACAGGAAAAAAAAGCCGUGGGCUGCCACCACCAUCUGUUCUAAGUUCACUUUUUUUCAGUAUUACUGCCAGACAAGGCUCUAAUAAAGACAGCAA